UCGGUGCCGCUUGGCGGGAAAAGCCGGGCUUUGGCGGGCUCGGAGGAGAGGCGGCUGGCGAGAGGGGGACAGUGGGCAGCCGCGGCUCAGCUGGGCCCGCAAGGAGCCGCCUCGGGCGCCUCUCGCCCGCCAUGCCUGCCGAGGGGGAGCUGCCGAGCGCGGCGGCCGCCGGCUGGGAGUCCGACGAGCCGCAGUACCUGCGGCAGGUCCGGCACAUCCUGCAGCACGGCCACCGGAAAGAGGAUCGCACCGGCACCGGCACCAUCUCCGUUUUCGGCAUGCAGGCGCGGUACAGCUUGAGAGAUCAGUUUCCCCUGCUAACAACCAAGAGGGUGUUCUGGAAAGGAGUGCUGGAGGAGCUGCUGUGGUUCAUCAAGGGUUCUACAAAUGCUAAAGAGCUCUCUGCAAAGGGUGUAAAGAUUUGGGAUGCUAAUGGAUCACGUGAGUUCCUGGAUAAGCAGGGUUUCAGUACCAGAGAGGAGGGGGAUUUGGGACCAGUGUAUGGUUUCCAGUGGAGGCACUUUGGAGCAGAAUACAAAGAUAUGCACACAGAUUACUCCAACCAAGGAGUUGAUCAGUUGCAAAAAGUGAUUGAAACGAUCAAAACGAAUCCAGAUGACAGAAGAAUCAUUAUGUGUGCUUGGAAUCCCAAAGAUAUUUCUCUGAUGGCUUUGCCACCAUGCCAUGCCCUUUGCCAGUUCUAUGUUCUAAAUGGUGAAUUGUCUUGCCAACUCUAUCAGAGGUCUGGAGAUAUGGGACUAGGAGUGCCUUUCAAUAUUGCCAGCUAUUCACUGCUCACAUACAUGAUUGCCCAUGUCACAGGGCUAAAGCCUGGAGAGUUCAUACACACAUUAGGAGAUGCUCACAUAUAUCUGAAUCACGUGGAACCUCUAAAAGUUCAACUUCAGAGGGAGCCAAGACCUUUCCCCAAACUCAAAAUUCUUCGUAAGGUUGAAGACAUCAGUGACUUUAAGGCAGAAGACUUUCAGAUUGAAGAUUAUAAUCCUCAUCCACCUAUUAAAAUGGAGAUGGCUGUUUAAUGCUAUAAACCAGCUUCUAUUAAUGCGGAAAUGUACCUGAGCUACUUAGCUUUCUCUGUACUUAAAGUUAGGGGUUUUUGGUAAACUUCAAAAGAUACAGACUUUAUUAUUGAGAAAGAAACAGAUACUAGUAGACCAGUACUGCCUUCAGUAGUAAACUGUAGUCGUACAGAUUUUAUAUUCCUGCUGUAUUAUGCAGAUGAUAACCCAGUUUUAAGUUGUUACUGAGAUACUUUUCUUCACGUUUCAGUUACCACUGGUCACUUCUGUUAUCAUUCAGUUACUACGUGUGAGUAGCACUUGCUUACAUGCUUUAUUUAGUACUGAAAAUAAGAACUUUUAUGUAUGGUAGAGGAUUCCUUCAAGGUUGUAGAACUCCUUAAAUAUGUUCUAAAGACUGUAUGUUUAAUAAAGCUUUUAA